UUUUUUUUUUACUUUCAUUUAUUAUAAGAAUAUCCUUCCCAUUCGUUCGAUCGUAGAACUCUUUCCUUUCCCUUAAAAAAACAUUUAAAAAAAUAAGCCAAAUAGUUGAAGUUUCAUACUUGAUUCUUCUUUGUCUCCACCCUUCAAACUAGCAUACUUACUUCCAAAUUUGAGACAGUUCUUAUUUAGAUACACGGUACCUACAUCUAGCGUCAUACAUCUUUUCAGUGUCUUCGAUCUCUUCGAGGGGUUCGAGGGGUUCGAGGGGUUCAAGGGUUCAUCCCACUAGCCAGACCUCUCUACCCAAAUUGGUUAGCAGUUGGAAUCUAAGUAUCAGAACGGACGUUAGAUUCUUGGGGGGUCUAUAUUUCUGCUGUGCCACAGUAGAUAGAACACCCCGCGGACCUAUUUGCCGGGUGAUAUCCGUGGCUCGCUGUGCUUCCAAAGUGUCUUAUUAAUAGACUAGGACUCCAUUGUCAACCGUUCUCUAUCACAGCGCCAAUCACGACGGUAUAAUCAUACGUUAGGUGCCUACCUACCUAAAUUUGGCUCGAAGUUCAGCCCUGAUCGGUUGAACGCCAUGACAACCCCUCGGGUAUUCCUCGUCCGUCACGGCGAGACGGAGUGGUCUCUGAGUGGGAAACAUACAGGUGUCACUGAUAUACCGCUGACAGCCAAUGGUGAGAAGCGAGUCAAGGCGACAGGUCGCGCUCUCGUAGGGGAUGACCGAUUGAUUGUCCCAAAGCAACUUGCCCAUAUAUACGUGUCGCCACGGAAGCGAGCGCAACGGACCUUUGAGCUACUUAACUUUGGCAUUGAUGACCCGCUACCAUGGAAAGUCCAUGGCGAUAAAUUGCCAGAUGUAGGCCCUCAUUGUAGCGCUCGGGUCGAGGUCACGGAGGAUAUCCGCGAGUGGGAUUACGGUGACUACGAGGGCAUAACAACCCCUGAGAUCCGCGAGAUUCGCAAAAAACAGGGCUUCGAUCAGAAAUGGGACAUCUGGAGAGACGGCUGCGUUGGCGGAGAGAGUCCUGAAGAUGUUACGCAGCGUUUAGACCGCAUAAUUAAGGAGAUCCGAGAGAAUUGGCAUGCUCCUGUAAUAGGUAAACCCAAAUCAGCACAGUUGCCGCCAGCAGAUGUCCUCAUUGUGGCACACGGUCACAUACUCAGAGCCUUCGCUAUGAGAUGGGUUGAUAAGAAAUUCGAGGAGGGUCCAGCGUUCCUGUUAGAGGCUGGUGGUGUUGGGACAUUGAGCUACGAACAUCACAGCAUUGACGAACCAGCAAUAUUACUUGGUGGUUCUUUCGUAGUCGGCCCAUAGACAGAAAAAGCACCUCGUAAGGUUUGAAAUAUAUGCCUAUUAUAAAGACAGGAUAUCAUAGAUACGAAUCCUUUCAUCCAUAUUGAAGAGAUAUAUAACUAUAGAUGAAACGAUACCAACACUCUGACCUUUAUGGCUCCCUCUCUAGAUAUACAUACCUAGUAUAUAUCAUUGUUUUGUUACUCCUUCCCAUAGCCAUGCAUCUAGUGUAGUGGUUGGGAUCGAUGCGGGGCACUUUUGCCCAAAAACAGGCGGUUGCAAGUCCUACCCCUAUUCAUGUCAUUGAGCCACGACUCGUACAAUCUUCGGGCUCAUCUAUAUAUAUCUACAAUCAUAACUUUAGCGUCUUGAAGCUCACGUCCAAAGUUGAUGGUAAACCUUGCUACUUCGGCCCCAGUAGGUAAUCCUAAAAGAGAUGGAAAUGUAAGAAACCAAGUAUAACGAAUAAAUGACCCCAUCGUUUGGAGAA